AUGCCCAGCGUCUGUAAAUCGCAUUUAAAGAAGUUGGUCUCGACGCUGAACGAAUCGUACGGAGAAAUCGAUCCUGAUUUGAAGGUUCCUGCUCUAAUCAUUCAAGAAAAGAAGCUGACAGAAUCUUUAUUACCUAGCGAUCCAGUGAAGCGCGCCCAAAUCCGGUUCGUGAUAGAGUUUGUCACAUCCAAAAUUAUUGGUCCGUUCAAAGUCCUCAUUCAAAGUUUUAAGGAAGAAGUAGGACGCCAAAAGUAUAUUGAGUCUGCUGGAGCUGCAUAUAGCCGUCUUAACGAGCUGCUACUAGAACAAGCACACUCUGGUCAUUAUUUCCUUGGAUCACAGUACUCACUUGUUGAUAUCGCAAUCGCACCAAUCUUGGCUGGCCAUAUGUCUAUUACAGAGGCUUUUAUGAAUGGGAUCGCACUCGAAGCUAUGAAAACCGUCCACGUCUUCAAGAAUUUUAAAAAGGAAUAACCAAUAGUCCUACAUUCAAAGAGACGUAUAUUGGCAACGAUUAUCUCGUGGAGCACUUCCACACAAUACUAGGGCUCAAGCCACUCAAUUAGUAGCAGCACUAGAAAUCCAUUAUUGAAUGUAGUAAUAGAUUUGACUUUGGCAAAGGAGCACAUUCAUGUAAUACCAUCAUUCAUAUACUGCUAUAUUUAUCGAAUUUCAGUGGAGUGAAUAAAAU